AUGUAUUCGAAAAUACUGCUGGUGGGGGCCCUGGCGCUGGGGGAAACCGCUGCGCCGUCUGCGCAGCGGGCCACGGCGCCGAGCGCGCAGCAGCAGCCGCUGGCCGCGGGCGUUUCGGACUUUCUGGCGUUUCCAGACGAAGAAAAAGAUUUAAAUUUGAAAUCUAAAAGUGAAUUUGAGAAAAUAGCGGCUUUGAAGGGCGCUGGGGAGGCCGCGGCGUUCACUGACAUCACCGAAGAGGAGUUCAACCAAAUCAACAAGGCCAUGAAGCCCUGCUUCCAGUCCUUGAACAGACAGGCCUGUGGGGGCAGGGCCUCCGCUACAGAAUACCCCGGGGGCCUCCACUGCCCCCCAGGCAGCUGCUGCAGCAAAACUGUGAUUGAACAGGGAAAAAUUGGGAACUGGUGUUCGCAGAGUUGGGUCUUUUGUUCAACUUCCAUCAUCUACGACCCCGCCUACUCCUACGGCUCUUGCAAGUGCGACUCUUACCGCAACCGCUGCCCCGUGGGCAGCAGCUGCUUCGACUCCAGCUUCGGGGCUUUUUGCAAAUGCAAUGAAGACUUGGAAGAGCGGGAGGGGGGCUGCCACUUCACCACAACGACCACAACCACCACCACCACCACCACCACCACCACCACCACCACCACCACCACCACCACCACGCCGCCCCCCCGAUCUCUCUGCAAAGUCGACGACUGCAGGCCCGGCUUCUGCGAUGUUAUUGAUAAUAAAGUUGUUUGCACUUGCGUGGGCGGUUAUGUUUCCAAAAAGCUCUCCGAAGAGAAGGAACAGUGCGUGUUCAACUACUAG